CCACCAAAAUUUGGGAGAAGUAGGUCAAUUUCAUACGUGCCAUUUUUGUUCCUAAAUCGUAAUAAGCAAUUCAUUGUUAGAGUUUAGGAAAACAGGAUUCUGCAUGUUUCCCCUGUUCCUUCUAAUCGGUCGAUUGUGUGUCACUUGAAAUUAAAUUAACCACAUAAGAAGCGAAACCAAAAAAAUGGGCCACGCCGAUCACCUACAUGAAGAAGAAGAAGAAGAGCACUUUGACGUCCUCACUAAAACUGGUCUCAAAACUGGUGUUUCUAAACCCAGGGAAACUGAGAAAGGGGAUACAAGUUUUGGAACAUUUAUAUGAAUUCUUGGGGUUUGAAUUACAAAUUACAUCAAGAAGAUUAAGUGCUGUGCACAGAGAGGGGGAUUAUCACCGAGCUGUUCAUGUGUGGAUUUUUGCUGAAAGUACACAAGAACUUCUUCUCCAACGACGCACCGAUUGCAAGGAUUCGUGGCCUGGAUUAUGGGAUAUCUCCAGUGCAGGUCAUGUAUCUGCUGGAGAUACAUCGCUAAUCACUGCCAGGAGAGAGCUUCAGGAAGAGCUUGGCGUAAACCUCCCAAAGGAUGCCUUUGAAUUGUUAUUUGUUUUCUUGCAAGAAUGUGUUACAAAUGAUGGCAAGUUCAUUGAUAAUGAAUUUGAUGAUGUUUAUCUCGUGACAACGCUAGCCCCAAUUCCCUUGGAAGCUUUUACUCUUCAGGAAUCUGAAGUUUCAGCUGUUAAAUAUAUCUCAGUUGAGGACUACAAGCACUUACUUGCUAAAGGAGACCCUCAUUAUGUACCCCACAAAAUGGAUGGACAAUAUGGUCAACUGUUUGACAUAAUUACCAAAAGGUACCAAGACAACACGGAAGGACGGACUUUGCUUCUGCAAAAGAAGCUCAAUCGUUAUGCUCCUAUCUCACUUACGGCAGAGUUGACAGGUCUCACUGAGGAGGACAAGGAAGCUCUGGUUCUACUUAUUCAAGCUGCAAAAACGAUGGAUGAUAUUUUCCACCAGCAGGUUUGGUACAGCAAUCCAUCUUUAAGGGAAUGGUUAAAUGGGCAUGCUCAAAUGUCUGAGUUGGACAUGUUAAAAUUGAAGUACUAUUCAAUAAAUAAGAGUCCAUGGUCUUGUCUUGAUGAAAAUGAAGCAUUUUUGACGACUGCAGACUCUGCUGUGAAGUUGCUUCUUGAAGCCACAAAGCCAGUGGCUGGUUGGAAAGGUCUUGAAUACAAAGCUGCAUUUCCGAUGCUGAAACCACCUGGUGCCAACUUCUACCCUCCUGACAUGGAUAAAAUGGAAUUCGGAUUAUGGGUGAAAGGGCUUUCAGAAAUUGAAUAUCAAGAUGCAACAGGCUUUUUCAAUGUUAUUAGAAGGCAUAGCGACUCUGAUUCUAAUAAUAUAGCACUUAGCAAUAAUUCUACGAGCGAUCUCUAUAUCAGCCCUUACUCUCAAGAAUAUUCAGCCUUUCUUGCAAAAGCUGCUGAAUUGUUGCAUAAAGCAGGAGAUUUGACCCGUUCACCUAGUUUGAAGAGACUGUUACACAGCAAGGCUGAUGCUUUCCUUUCAAAUGACUACUAUGACUCUGAUAUAGCCUGGAUGGAAUUGGACUCUAAGUUGGAUGUUACUAUUGGUCCAUACGAGACGUACGAAGAUGAGCUAUUUGGAUACAAGGCAACAUUUGAGGCAUUUAUAGGAAUUCGGGAUGAUAAAGCAACUGCUCAAGUUAAACUCUUUGGGGAUCAAUUGAAGGUAUUGGAGCAAAAUCUUCCAAUGGAUAACAUAUACAAAUCACAAGACGUGAUAUCUGCACCUAUUCGUGUCAUCGAGCUUGUUUACAAUUCAGGAGAUGUAAAGGGUCCUCAAACUGCUGCCUUCAAUCUUCCGAAUGACGAGCGUAUUGUAAAAGAUCGCGGUACAUCAAUGGUCAUGCUGAAGAAUGUUUCUGAGGCAAAGUUCAAGUUAAUUCUCCAGCCUAUAGCUGACUUAUGUAUUACAAAGGAACAGCGGGAGCUAGUUGGCUUUGACUCUUUCUUCACUCACACAAUUUGCCACGAGUGCUGUCAUGGGAUAGGACCUCAUACAAUAACACUUCCAAGUGGUCGGAAGUCGACCGUGAGAUUGGAGCUACAAGAACUUCACUCGGCCCUUGAAGAAGCGAAAGCUGACAUUGUUGGCCUUUGGGCCCUGAAUUUCCUUAUUGCCAAGGAUUUACUUCCGAAGAGCCUUGUGAAGUCCAUCUAUGUUUCUUUCCUUGCAGGCUGCUUUCGCUCAGUUCGUUUUGGGUUAGAGGAAGCUCAUGGCAAAGGACAAGCACUACAGUUUAACUGGUUAUUCGAGAAAGGGGCGUUUGUUUUACAUCCUGACCAAACAUUCUCCGUUGACUUUGAUAAGAUUGGGGGUGCGGUCGAGAGCUUAAGUAGGGAAGUACUUAUGAUACAGGCCAAAGGCGAUAAAGAUGCUGCACGACUGCUUCUUGAAAAAUAUUCUGAAAUGACGCAACCUUUGAACAUUGCUUUGGAAAAAUUGGCAAAAGUUGAGGUCCCAGUUGAUAUAGCUCCAGAUUUUCCAAUCAUGACCAACUUACUGCACAAAAAGUAAGCAACUUUAAUAGUCUUUCUUCAAUUUGGAUCUGCCAAUGGCUUUGUUCCUGGGAAACUGAAGUGCCUUAAUUCGUUUAUCGAGAAGAAACCGUUGGCGCUCCCGAUGUUAUGUUAAUGCUCAUUAAGGGUACACGCAUCAAGAAACACAAGUUUUUGUCUGGAAAUUAGGACGAGUAAGCAGAAUGUGCAUGAAAACAUGAGGUAGAAUGGUCGGAUAAAUAAAGUAUGGAUCGUUUUAUAUGUAAAGUUAGUAGUACAGAUAUGUUUGUUCAUACAGGCACUCUGGUAUCUUUUCAACAUAUCUUUCUUUGAGUUAUUCUCAAACCUGAUUCUAA